AUGAAGUCCUCAGGUUUGCACACUCUCGAGAUCAAAAAUUCUAAUGCCUUUUGCUUUUUCCCUGUGUCUUUUGCCAGCUCCAGGUUCCCAUGGCUCCUCAAGACGUUAGUCAUGAUCCUAGGACUUGCCACUGUUGUGUUUAUGUUCAGAAGUUUGGCCCUUACAGCAGAGUUUGGCACCUUCAAGCCAGCGUUCCCAAAGCCUGGGCCGGUUGACCCAGUGCUGAAACUUCUAUCCGAGGAGCACCUGAGGACACUCUUUACCUACAGUGACAUCUGGCUCUUCCCCAAAAAUCAAUGCGACUGUGAGUCUGGCAAACAGCAAAUGAAAUACAAGUAUCAGAACGCCUAUAACCAGAAGGACCUUCCGGCUGUGAACGCCAGAAGACAGGCAGAAUUUGAGCACUUCCAGAGGAGAGAAGGGCUGCCUCGCCCACCACCUCUGCUGGCUUCACCCAAUCUCCCCUUCGGAUACCCGGUCCAUGGUGUGGAGGUGAUGCCCCUGCACACGAUUCUCAUCCCAGGCCUCCAAUAUGAAGGGCCAGAUGCCCCAGUCUAUGAGGUCACCUUGAAAGCUUCUCUGGGGACACUGAACACCCUUGCUGAUGUCUCAGACAAUGAGGUGCAGGGCAGAGGCCAGAGGCAGCUGAGCAUUUCCACCAGACACCGGAAGGUCCUGAACUUCAUCCUCCAGCAUGUGACAUACACCAGCACCGUGUACCAUCUCCACAAGGUGGACAUAGUGAGUAUGGAAUCCAAGUCAUCAGUGGCCAAGUUUCCAGUGACUAUCAAACAUCAGACUGUACCCAAGUUGUAUGACCCUGGACCUGAGAGGAAGCUCAGAAACCUGGUGACCAUCGCCACGAAGACUUUUCUCCGUCCCCACAAGUUUAAGAUCCUGCUUCAAAGUAUUCGAAAGUAUUACCCAGACUUAACCGUGAUUGUGACUGAUGACAGCAAGGAGCCCCUGGAAAUUAAAGAUGACUACGUGGAGUAUUACCCCAUGCCCUUUGGGAAGGGCUGGUUUGCUGGUAGGAACCUGGCCAUCUCACAGGUGACUACUAAAUACGUCCUCUGGGUGGACGAUGACUUUCUCUUCAGCAACAAGACCAAGAUUGAGGUACUGGUGGAUGUCCUGGAGAAAACUGAACUGGAUGUGGUGGGCGGCAGCGUGCAGGGAAACACUUUCCAGUUCAGGCUGCUGUUGGAACGGAGCGAGAAUGGGGACUGUCUUCACCAGAGGUGGGGAUCAUUCCAGGCCCUCGAUGGCUUCCCCGGAUGCACGCUGGCCAGUGGCGUCACGAACUUCUUCUUGGCUCACACAGAACAGCUCCGAAGAGUCGGUUUUGAUCCGGCCCUGCAAAGAGUUGCUCACCGAGAAUUUUUUAUUGAUGGGCUGGGGAGCCUGUUGGUGGGCUCGUGUCCGGGGGUGACUGUAGACCACCAAACACGAACACCAUCGAAGGAUCCAAAGCUGGCUGCCUUGGAGAUGUCUUACGCCAAAUACCGGACCAACACCAAUUCUCAGGUCCAGUUCAAGUUAGCGCUCCACUACUUCAAGAACCAUCUCUACUGCGCCACUUAAAAGGCAAAGAGCCGGAAGUGCAAUACGCAGAUUAGCUGUGGACAACAAAAAAAUAGUAGGACUGGACAUUAGGUGUGCUAAAAGCAGACUCCUAACAAGGGGAACAGAGAGCGAAGUAGCUGGAAGUUGGAGCCAGUGUAGGGACCCUGAAGUCGGCUCAAGAUGCCCCAAAGACUAAGUUCUCAGAACAGAGAUUUUCUGCCCCCGAGGGGUAAAGGGCACAGAAUAAGAGACAAAGACAGGGGCUGGCCAGUGGUGGUUUACACCUUUAAUUCCAGCACUCCGGAGGCAGAAACAGGCGGAUCUCAGUGAGUUUGAGACCAGUCUGGUCUUCAGAGUGAGUUCCAGGACAGCUAGGGCUACAUAGAGAAACCCUGUCUGGAAAAACAAACAAACAAAAAGUUAAUUUAAAAUAAUGUUAUUCAAAGCCAGAUGUUAUGGUUGGUGUAGUGUUGUAACCCCAGAGCUGAAGUAGCAGAUUAAGAAGAGUUCAAGGCCAGCAUGAGCUAUGUGAACGCCUAUCUUUAAAUAGGGGGGCUGGAAAGAGUUCAGUGCUUAAGAGUGAUUAGUACUCGUACCUAGAUUGGUUCCCAGGACCCACAUGAUCAGUCCCAGCUGUCUGUAACUCUCUUCAUAAUUACAGUUUCUGGAAGCGUCUUCUUACCUCCAAAGCUCCUGCGUACAAAUGGUACAUACAUACACUCAGGCACACAAUAAAUUUAAAAUAAAUGAAGGAACAGUGAAUGGCUAAACAUUAACCAGCUAAUUCUGCUUUUAUUGUGUUAAGACUGCCUGGCCUAGAACUCUGUGUAGAACAGUCUGACCUCAAACUCAUAGCGAUCUUCCUGUCUCUACCUCACAGUGCUGAGAUAUGAGGUCUGAACCACGGUUUCUGGCUUGAUUUUUUUUUCUUAAGAAUUAUUUAUUUUAAUAUAUAUGAGUACAUUGUAGCUGUCUUCAGACACACCAGAAGAGGGCAUCGGAUCCCUUGUGAUAGUUGUGAGCCACCAUGUGGUUGCUGGGAAUUGAACUCAGGACUUCUGGAAACACAGUGCUCUUAACCUCUGAGCCAUCUCUCCAGCCUUCUGGCUUGAUUUUUAAACUUUGAAACUUUGAUUUUAAAUAUGGUACUUGUUCAUUGUAACUUUUAUAUUUUAAUUUAAUGGGUUAUUAAACUAGAUGUUAAAAUGAUAGAAUAUUCUAGAAUAAAAAUGACUUUUAAAAUCAUGAAAAGUAACACUAAUUUUAAAACUUACAUUUACUCCAAUUUACUCUUUAUGCAAAUUUCAACACUCUGAACACACUUUUUUUUUUUUACUUCCCCAGGUAGUUAUUGUUGGACUAUAGAAAGUCAAGCACCAGCUUGGAGUGGGUACGGAGACAGGGAAUGACACACCAACUGGGUGUGGUGUGGGCUUUUAAUUCCAGUCUUGAAUUCAGAGAUCCUCCAGCCAGGGCUGUACAGUGAGCUCAGAGGAAAUGGCUCAGAAGGUGAAGUGCUUACUACCCAAGCAUGAAAACUUGAGUUCAGAUCCCCAGAAUACAAAGUAAGGUGUGGCUGCAAGUCUGUAACCCUGGGCAUUCUCAUAGCAAAUGUAACAUCCUCCAGUUUGACAGGGUUGUCAUUAGCAUGCUCAAGUGGUCUUUUCUCUACUUCAAGAUCUAGAGUCAUCUCUCCAGGAAAAAGAAAUAGUCGAGAUGUGGCUUUGAGAGAGAGAGUUUCCUAUGAUCCAGUAAUACUUCUUUCCCAGGAACACAGGAUGUUCCAAAAGGAUGUGAAAUAGUCCAUUCAAUUCAAAGGGUUCAGGAAGUCCCUGAAAACCACCAGACACACUAGGCCCUCUCCUUCCUAAGUAUAUUAGCUGUAAGGACUGCUGAGAGACACUCUCAGACGAGUUGAGCUGCCUGAAACAUUAUCCAACCUGUUGAGCUGUCUGCAAGUUGUACAGAGGGUUCCAAGUUUACAGCUUUUGUGAUGUUGUGAGCUCUCCUGUUGCAGCUGUCUUUUGAGUCAUUCUUGCUCCUGUGAUAAUCCCUCACCCAUACUUCUGCAUGUAACCCCAAUAAAACUCAUCAGUCUGCUA